AGGAGCCCCAUCCCGACAGGAGCCCCAUCCCGGCGGGACCCCCAUCCCGGCGGGAGCCCCAUCCCGGCAGGAGCCCCAUCCCGGCGGAGCAGCGGUCAUGGCAACGGGAAGAGCCACCAAAUCCUCCAGGACGGUUGUCAUUGCUGGUGUCCCAGAUGGCCUUCUGCAGGAUGAUGUCAUGGCUGACAUCCUCACCAUCCACUUCCAAAAGUCAAGGAAUAACGGUGGAGACGUGGAGGAAGUGACUUAUCCGACAGCAAACAAAGGAGUCGCCUACGUAACCUUUGAAGAUCAGGAAGUUGUAGGGAGUGUCCUGAGGAAGGGUGACCAUCGACUGGAAGACAAGAGGCUGUCCCAGUCCUACCCCCUGCAGGUGACCCCAUACCGUGGAAAGGUCUUCAGCUCUGUCACAUCUGUCCUCAGCAUGGGUGUUUUCAAAGGCCAGUUUGUUUUGGAGGAUCUGGUGGCAGAAAUGAAGCAGCAGAGCAAGGGUUUAAGCUUCGGGCCGUUGCGCUCCAACGGGCGGAUCACUGUCCAGGGCUCCUUUCCGGCAAUCAGAGCACUCAGAGACUUUCUCCUCCUCAAAGCCAAAUCCCUCUCAGAGAGGGACAAGAGAGAGGAAAGUAAAUCCCAUCAGAGGCCGAGGAGGAGGCUGCAGGAACGCAGGAGCAGCACGGAGAUGAGGAAUUCCGUUCCUGAGGGAGACGGGGGAAAACAAGUGGUUGUUCUUGACACGGAUGUUUAUCACUACAUGAGGCACUUCUUUCCCUCCAUAUUCCAAGGAGAUGGUGUCACAGUCUCUGCUGUCACUGAUGGUGAUAUAACUACAGUGUGUGUUGAGAAUGCUGGAAGGGCUGAUGCUGGACAGGUAUCGAGUGUCAAGAAGAAAAUUGAAGAUCAGUCCAUAGAACUCCACAACAAUUUACGGAAAAUAAGGGUCCCCUUAAAGGGACGCACCAGAGACGAAAAGCAGAGGCACAAAGAGGCGUGUGAAAGGCUAAAAUCCUGUUACCCUCAGGUUCUGGCCAUUCCUUACGAGGCUCACAUUGAGGUGAUAGGAUUUUCUUCAGACGUUUUUGAGGUGAUAGGAUUUUCUUCAGACAUUUUCGAGGUCACCGAGGAAACGAGCAGCAAGAGUCGCACGGGGUAGAAAGGGAGGAGCGCUCAGAUCUCUCUGCCCUCCCUGCUUCUCACACGGACUGUGGCACUGCAGAUCUCCCACCGUGUGGGCUGAGAGGGGGGAAACUCUGCACAGGAGGGUGAG